AGCAUCAUAGACAACAUUUAGACAAAGUUUCAGUUAGAAGAUGGCUUCCACUUCAGCUCACACCACUUCUGUCCAGACCAACAUCCCAGCUCAGACAGGACACAAAGAGGAGGAGCUGGGCGAGUUUGACCUGCGUAAAUAUGAACAACCAGAGGAAUGUCUUCUGGAGCUGCUGCCAAAGGUUGAAGCAUCCAGAAAAGUUGUACUGUGUGGUUGUAAUCUCUCAGAAGAAAGCUGUGCAGCUCUGACCUCAGCUCUCAGAAACUCCUCAAAUAUGAGAGAGCUGGACCUGAGUAAGACUGAACUGCAAGAUGUAGAUGUUAAGCUGCUCUCUGCUGCAUUGGAGAAUCCUCACUGUAAACUGGAGAAACUGGGGUUAUGUCAGUGUAAUCUUACAGAGGAAAGUUGUGCAGCUCUAGCCUCAGCUCUCAGCUCAGAAUCCACUAGCCUGAGAGAACUGGACCUGAGUUACACUAAUCUGCAGGAUUCAGGAGUGAAGCUGCUCUCUGCUGGACUGGAGAAUCCACACUGUAAACUGGAGACACUGAGUCUGAGUGGCUGCAGGAUUAAAAAGGAAGACUGGCAUGCUCUGAUUAAAGCUCUGAAAAACAACCCAGCACACCUGAGAAAGCUGGAUCUGAGCAGGCUAACAGUAUUUCCAGAACUGGAGGAGUUGCCUGAUCUACUGCAGGAUCCACAGCUGGAACUUGAUGGGCAAUUAGAUAACAUUGAUCCUGUGAUGAAAGCUUUGGAAUUAGAUUUAUUAUUAUGGAACAGAGAAGAAGAACAAGAAAAACUAGAAGAGUCAGGAGUGAAGGAGCUCUCUGAUCUACUGAAGGAUCCACACUGUAAAGUAGAGACACUACGGUGA